UUUAUGCGUCACUUCAUUCCUGCCGCCGAUCAUGGCGGAGCUCGAGACAGUGCAGCCUGAACUGGAGGCGCCCGAAGUUCUCAAUGGGGACGCCGGAGAGAACGAAGAGAAAGAGGACGAGGAGCCCUCGGAAUCAGGGAAGAAAAAGAGAAGAAAAAAGAAAAAUAAUAAGACUGCUGCCGCAGCAGGGACAAAUGAGGCUGAGGGGGAUGGAGAUACCGGAGGAGGUGUUGGUGAUGUGACGAAACAGUUGGAGCAGCAAGCUCUGCUGGAGGACAAAGAGAAGGAGGAUGGAGUGGAUGAUGGAGAAGAGGGUGAGAACUCAGCAGGGAAAAAGAAGAAGAAGAAGAAGAAGAAGAAAGGAGUGAAGGGACAGACUGACCCUCCCUCCAUCCCUAUUUGUGAGCUGUAUCCCAGUGGAGACUUCCCAAAGGGAGAGGAGUGUGAAUAUCCCCCAUCUAAAGAUGGGCGCAGUGCAGCGUGGAGGACCACCCAUGAGGAGAAGAGGGUCCUAGACAAGGCUAACGAGGAGAUGUGGAGUGACUUCCGUCAGGCGGCCGAGGCCCACAGACAGGUCCGAAACUACGUGAAUACCUGGAUCAAACCUGGGAUGACCAUGAUUGACAUCUGUGAGCGGUUGGAGGACUGCAGUAGGAGGCUAAUCAAGGAGAAUGGUCUGAAGGCUGGCCUGGCAUUCCCCACCGGCUGCUCCAUCAACCACGUUGCUGCCCACUACACCCCCAACGCUGGAGACCCCACAGUACUGCAGUAUGACGACGUCUGCAAGAUAGACUUUGGCACGCACAUAAACGGUCGAAUCAUUGACUGUGCCUUUACCGUGACCUUCAACCCAAAGUAUGACAGACUACUGGAGGCUGUGAGAGAUGCUACCAACACAGGCAUCAAAUGUGCAGGGAUAGAUGUGCGUCUGUGUGACGUGGGUGAAACCAUCCAGGAGGUCAUGGAGUCUUAUGAGGUGGAGAUAGAUGGGAAAACAUACCAAGUGAAGCCAAUCAGGAACCUCAAUGGCCACUCCAUCGGACAGUACAGGAUACACGCAGGCAAGACUGUUCCCAUCGUCAAGGGAGGAGAAGCUACCAGGAUGGAGGAAGGUGAGGUGUAUGCAAUCGAGACAUUUGGCAGCACUGGGAGGGGAGCGGUUCACGAUGACAUGGAAUGCUCGCAUUACAUGAAAAACUUCAACGUUGGACACGUGCCAAUACGACUCCCCAGGGCCAAGCAUCUGCUCAACGUGAUCAAUGAGAACUUUGGGACGUUGGCAUUCUGCCGCCGCUGGUUGGACCGGCAGGGAGAGAGCAAGUACCUGAUGGCCCUGAAGAACCUGUGUGACCUGGGCAUCAUAGACCCGUACCCGCCGCUCUGUGACACAAAGGGCUCCUACACCGCCCAGUAUGAACACACCAUCCUACUCAGGCCCACCUGUAAGGAAGUGGUGAGCCGCGGGGAUGACUACUGAGCAUGCGCCGUAGGCCGGCUGACCUCAAACCAAGAAGAACAGGAAGAGAAAGAAUGAGAGAAGAUAAAUCAGGGUCCUGUUCAUUAGGGCACAAACCUUUAAAAUAUUUUGCAACAGAAAAUGAGAUUGAGUGUUUCUUAUUGGACAAGUCCAGUUAGUCCCUCUGUGUUAGUUUUUUUCUUCUUCCGUUUGGUGCCGAAUGAACACAACCCAGUAAAAAAACAGACAGGAAUCCUCACUAGACACAUAACAUUUAUUCAACGUUGUUGUGACAUAAUUUGAUGUUGCCUGAAUCCAAACCUUCAGUAGCAAGAGUAUGAGACUGGUGUCAAGGCAGUAGCUUACUUAUUACAUGUAUUAUUUCAAAGGAUCAAGCCAAUAACUAAGGGCAUCUAAAAAGCAAGAAGAAGAAUCUUGUCAUUUUGUUUAUCAUAUUUAAUUGAUUGCUGUAUUGCUUAUUUAGAAUAAAAUGAAAUAUGCAAAAUUGCUCCCUAUGUUUUGGGUGAACACAUCAAUAUGUUACUUAAUAGUGAAAAGCUUCAAUGACUUGGAAAGAACCUGUGGAAAAUAUAUAUACCUGCUAUGAAAAUAUUUAUAUUUCUAUAUUUUGUUUGUCCGCUGUAUUUUAUUUUGAGGCAUUUCUUUUAAAAUAAAGAAAUGGUAUUGUUACAAAUCUUA